AUGUUCAAUUUGAGAUUUUCAACUUUAACGUCAGUUAUAUGUACGAAAGGGUCUUCCUUCGUACAGUGUUCCGAAUACGAUGCAAAUCAUUCUUUCCAGUCGACAAAAGGUGAAAUCGGACAAUAUCCCACCAAAGAAAAAUGUACAUCACCGAUUAAACCAAGAAUCAUGGAAUCACCUCACAUGAAAAGUCCUAGAAAUGGAAUGGUGAUAAAAAAAGAUGUUAAAGAUCUUCGCAAGAAUCCUGGAUAUGGUAAUCUUGAUGUUUUCACAUAUGAAGAAAUGCGAAUUGCUACAAAAGUUUUUAGACCAGAUCAAGUGUUAGGUGAGGGUGGUUUUGGAAUUGUUUAUAAAGGUGUUAUAGAUGAGAAUGUGAGAGCUUGUUAUUCAAAAAUUCAAGUUGCUAUUAAGGAACUUGAUCCAGAAGGAAUCCAAGGAGAUAGGGAAUGGCUGACUGAAGUCAAUUAUUUAGGUCAACUACAACACCCUAAUCUAGUGAAGCUUAUUGGCUACUGUUGUGAGGAAGAUCAUCGGCUUUUGGUGUAUGAGUAUAUGCCAUCUGGCAGUUUGGAAGAUUACCUUUUCCGUAGAGCAUCUGCGACACUGAAUUGGUCAAAGAGAAUGAAGAUAGCUUUGCAUGCUGCAAAAGGGCUUGCUUUUCUUCAUGAUGCAGAAAGGCCGGUGAUUUAUCGAGAUUUCAAAACAUCAAAUAUUUUGUUAGAUGCGGACUUUAAUGCAAAAUUAUCGGAUUUUGGACUUGCAAAAGAUGGGCCAAUGGGAGAUCAAACACAUGUGUCGACACGAGUUAUGGGUACUUACGGAUAUGCAGCUCCUGAGUAUAUCAUGACAGGACACUUGACAGCUAGAAGUGAUAUAUACGGAUUUGGAGUGGUGCUUCUUGAGAUGUUGAUCGGGAGGAAAGCCAUGGACAAGAGUCGGCCUAGCCAUGAGCACAAUUUGGUGGAUUGGGCUAGACCGCUUUUGACCCAUGACAAGAAACUUUUAAAGAUACUAGAUCCUAGAAUGGAAGGUCAAUAUUCAUCCAAAGAGGCUAUAAAAGCGGCUAAUUUGGCUCACCAAUGUAUUAGUCAAAACCCGAAAGGUAGACCGGCUAUGGGUAAUGUUGUUGAACUGCUCGAGUCUCUUCAAACCAAUGACGUUGUUGGUCUAGAAGAGACUCGAACACCAAGAUUAGUGAAAAAAAGCCCCCAAAGGGGGUUUUGA